AUGGAUGUCAUUGCUGUACAAACAAAAACUAUUGCAGUUACUCUUCAUGAUUUAUCAUUUAGUCUUGUGGAGUGCAUUUCAGACUGGACCAAUGUAGUUCUGGCUCAUGAGCCGGUUUGGGCAAUUGGAACUGGGAAGGUUGCUACUCCUGCUGGGAGUGUUACUUUCCAAAAUUUAUUUUUCUUUGUAUCUCCUUUGUGUAUUUGCUCCAUCGUUUCUCAGGUUGACUCUGAAUUAUGCAAGUGGCUUCAGAUAAAUGUGAGUGUUGAAGUUGCAGAAUCAACUAGGAUCAUUUAUGGAGGUUCUGUAAAUGGAGCUAACUGCAAAGAGCUUGCAGCACAGCCUGAUGUUGACGGAUUUCUCGCUGGAGGUGCUUCUUUGAAGCCAGAAUUUGUGGACAUCAUCAAUUCUGCUACUGUUAAGUCAUCUGCUCGAGGACUUCUGCCUCGCUCGAUCGAAGAUCCAUGAAUUGACCUGUGAAUCCGUGAUGAAAACUUGUGGUUUCUUGCUUACAACUGGAGCUAAGCAAGCACUACGAAUAUGAAAUAGUCAUAAUUCGGAUUCUGCCACGUUCUUGUCGGCGUAGAUGAUAUUUAUUUGCAACUAAUUAGAUAUUUAGCUUCCUUGGAUGGCAGACUAUUAAAGACUUCAUCUUAAAUUGGCAUUA